UCCCGGAGAGUCUCCCACUUUCGCCACUAUCACUCCUGUCGCGGCGCCGUUCGUACGCGCCACACACGCCCGGCCGUCCUUCCUGCCGAGUUCAUCACGCGGUGGCCGGAAGCAUCCGCGACUCCGUUUCUUCGCGCGUCUCCUUCGCGUGUCGCAACCCCUUCAAGAUCAUUUUAUCUCCACGUUCGACAAAGUGGUGCGGUUUCUCCGCCGGCGCGUCUCCUCCUCGGGAGGGAGAGAAUUGUUGUGGUUGCGUGCACUUUCGGAUCGAGAUCGGCGGCGUGCAACCCCUUUCGCGGGGGAGCGCGAGGGUUUUUAUACACGGGACAUGUGUGCCACGUGGGCCGAAACGGAGGAUCCACCUGCUGCCGCUCCUGCCGAGUGGGAUUAGGCGAGCAGGUACGACGGAUGGCCUGAGCCUCGGAGCUAGUCUUCCAUGGACCGUUCACGAAAAUCGGAAGAUGACUCGCCGCCGCCGUGCAUCCUUCCCGGAUUUCCGCGUCGACGAGAUCGCCGGCGAUCCGCCGUGAUCGAGCUGGGUUUGAGAUCAAUUCUAGCCCUGAUGAUGCUGAGCACGGCCGGUGUCUCGUCCUCCCAUAUGCCCGAGAAGUAUCCCAUUGAAGUGUAUCAUAUGUUACAAGAAAGGACACAAUUUGGAAUUGGCCAUGACAACAGAAUAAGAGGGACUUGGGGUACAUGGAGCUCAUGGAGCGAGUGCUCCAGAUCUUGCGGCACCGGUAUUCAGUCGCAAUUUCGAGAAUGCGUCCCACGGAGACUUUUGAGGAGGCGAAGUAUUAUCUCGGAGAACGGUACGAGCAACGCCAGACCCAUUUGUAUUGGCACAUACAAGCGUUACCACACGUGCAAUACGCAGGAAUGCCCAAACUUCCCGGAAGACUUGCGGGCGGAACAGUGCGCGAAGUACAACGGGAGGAAUUACAAGGGCCGCAGUUACGUGUGGGUGCCCUUCGUAGAUGCGCCGAACUCUUGCGCGCUCAAUUGCCGUGCAGUCGGCGAGCGUUUUUACGCAACGCUUGAACCGGCAGUAAUGGAUGGCACGCCCUGCGAUGCUCCGAAUCUUCGCGGACGCGGCGGCGGCGGCGGGAUUUCGACGGAACGCAGUGGCGAACGAUGGCUCUGUGUCGCCGGACAAUGCAAGCCUGUAGGAUGCGACGGGGUGGUGGGUUCCGGCGCGACGAUGGACGCCUGCGGCGUGUGCGGCGGCCAAGGCAGAGGAUGCAGACUGUUCGAGGGCAUCUUCAUGGAACCGAUUCUGUCCAAGGGUCAUCAGCAGGUGACCACGAUUCCGAAGGGCGCCAUGUCGCUCAACAUUUCCGAGCUGCGAUUCAGCAGUAAUUUUCUAGCGUUGAGAGACAGUAACGGCAGUUACAUCCUAAACGGACCGUGGUCUUACAGUCCCAGUGGUACUUAUAAAGCGGCUGGUACGACAUUAACAUACCAGAGGGGCGAUAGGAACCGUAUGGAGUGUAUCUUGGCGACCGGACCGUUGAACGAGUCUCUGCAUUUAGAGAUCUUAUCCGUGGAAUUAAAUCCAGGCGUUCUGUACAAGUACAUGCUGCCUAUGAAGGAAGUGCCGGACGGUAAAGCGGUGAUCGCACCGCCGCUGCUUGUCGCAGGAGCGAAUGAUCGGGGUAACGAGAUACCUAGUCCAGAUACUCACGUGACCGUGCGAGUGCCCGUUACAAGAAUAUCGGAUCGGCGGAGCGAUUUAUCUUCGACGCGUCGCGAUCGCGAUCCGCCGCGCGCGCACGACGGCGGACGGAAGGAAGAGAUGAAGCAUCCACCGACCACAGUGAUGGCGGGCGAUCAGCCAAAGUCAAAGGCGACGAGGAGGAAGAAGAGGAGGAAAUUCGCCUGGAAAAUAGUCGGCCUCUCGCCCUGCUCGAAGGAAUGUGGGGGAGGUGUGCGGACGACGAUCCUAAAGUGCAUUCGCGAGAGCAGUCAGACACCCGUCGUCGACAAACGCUGUCGUAAUGUGGAAAAACCGAAGCAUUCUCCUCCGCUGCGAUGCAACGAUCAUCCAUGCGCCGCCAGAUGGCGAGCCGAGCCGUGGAGCGAGUGCUCGGUCACCUGCGGGGUCGGCACUAGGACGCGAAAACUCGAGUGCGUCCAAGAGCUGAACGCGAGAUUGACAAUGCGCGUUGCUGCCGGCGCGUGCAUGCAACCGCCAGAUCUGAGCACCACGGAAACUUGCAGUCGGCCAGCGUGUCCCAACGUGGGCCCAGAAUUGAGACAUAUGCCUUCGCAGCACGACGCGCCCAGGUGGGACGUGGGCGCUUGGGGUCCGUGUUCGGUGACAUGUGGUCAUGGGAUUCGAAAUCGAACGGUAACUUGUAUAACGUCUGGGGAGUCCUGUUCGUUAGCCAACAAGCCGGAAUCUCAAAAAACGUGCGAGAUAGCGGCUUGUAAUGCGGUGACAGACACGGGACAUCACGCGCCCUGGCUGUACUCGGAAUGGUCUUCAAAGUGCUCCGCAGAAUGUGGAAAUGGCGUGAGAAUCAGACGAGUGGCGUGCGCGGAUGGUAGCGAGUUAUUUUGCAAUCCCAAAGAGAGACCGGACACGGAGAUGCAUUGUUUCGGACGAGAGACUAGUUGCGACCGAGCCAAGUGGUUCGCCAGUCCGUGGACUUCCUGUUCUGUUUCGUGCGGCGUUGGCGUGCAGUAUCGGGACAUCGCUUGCAUAACUAGAACGAACAACGAAUUUGUCGUGCUGUCUGUAAAAAAUUGCAGCGAUCCCAAACCAGCGACUGAACAAGCCUGCAGAAUGGCCGCGUGUUCGCCGGAAUGGUUUACCUCAGAUUGGUCGACGUGUUCCGCAACAUGCGGAGCCGGAGUGCAAACACGGCUUGUACGGUGCAUUGUCGACGGUAUUAGUAGUACGAGUUGCUCGGAAAUCGACGAACCGAGCGCGGAGCAACGAUGUAACGAGGAGCCAUGCAAGAAGGAGGUGUCAGCGAACAAACCACCGAAAAAGGUGCACGAGUCGUCCGAGUGCGUGGACAAAUAUCCGAAUUGCGUUUUAGUAGUGAGGAGUGGUCUGUGCCGAAUCAAAUAUUACAAGUAUUCGUGUUGCCAAUGCCGUCAAUAGUAGCAGCUUUGCUUGCGUUCGAUCACGAUUUUGCGACCGCGAGUACACGGCUGGCGAGCGCGAUCGUUAAAUAGAAUACGGAUAUUAUAUUGGAAAGGGCAAAUUAUAUGCCGAGUGUAAGACUGCUAUAAAGAAAGAUGACCACGUAUAUAUAUAUAAUUUUAUUUAUAUUUACGCGACACGACGUCGGAUUGCACGUGUCUUAGUCGUGCUUUUUUCUGCCGAAUGUAAUAUAAUUCUUGCGGAGCGGCAGAAUUCUCUUCUCUUUUCUUUCUAGCAAUGAACGUUCAGAACGAGGCAUUUGGUUCUUCCUGAUAUUUCAAUUGCAAAUAUUGGAGUAAAUUUUUGGAGAAAUUUAAAAUAAAGUAACCAAAUGAACAAUAAAUAAUAAAUUGCAGGAAGGAACAAUGUGACAUACAAAACGGAGCAAAGAAAUUAAGGUACGUUUUUGUCUAUGUGCGAGUUAUAAGAAUUAAAUUUUCUGCGAGGAAGGCUCGUUCUCUAAGAAACCUGAUUUUCCUGAGUAUUAAACCGUCAAGAGUUCGUCAGGGUUGUGUGUGCAAUAAAUAUGUAACUCGACGUGUGGUAUCACGUGUGUUCGUCUACAUAAUACACGCACGAGUCGUUUACAUUGCGUAUGCGAUAUCUGCGUUAUCGCCGCGGGCAAGUGCAAGUCCGUAAUUUUAUUGAUUUGGGGUAGUGACGCUUAUUCAAAUACACUUUCGGCCCUGGCCCUUUUACAUAUACGCGAUCUCAAUUUUCAUGUGCUUUUUAUCAAACAGCAAGUUUUUCGUUACUCAAAUGGAUGAAAAAACUUGCAACGCUUUCAAUGUGUCUCAAAGAUUUACACAAAAAAAGACUCAUAUUUUUAUUUUUUUCCAUCCUUUUUUUUGACGAUAAAGUCCAACAUUAAAUAUUAUAUUAAAUUUAAUUUCAAACGUUGUAAACGCAGCAAUAUUUUUUUCAAUUUAUUACAUAAAAAAAUUCUUUAGAGUUUAUUUAACUAUUUAAAAUAUCUACUGUUUCAUUUUUGGAACAGUGGUAAAAAAAUACAUUAAAAUAUGAUAAUUAAAAAGAAACGAAAACAAUGAACUGAUUUAAAUACUAUUGUUUUAAUUUAAUUCUCAGCAUAUUUAAAAAAAAGUGAGACUUUUAAUGUAUUUUUAAUUUAACGUUUACAUAUAUUUUGGUUGAUGUACAUUGCGAACGCGGCUCGAUCUGGGAUAAACUGGGAAAAUAAUAUUUUUCGAAGUGAAAACGCAUGAGUCUGAGUGAAUAUCAAAUAACAUUCCUGGAUAAAACGAGCCUCCCUUUGCAUGUGUAUUCGCGCAAAACCUGCAUGAUCAUGAAAACCUUCGAGGCUGCUGCACUCGCCUCUGCCGACCGCGUAAAAUGAAACGAGUUUCCAGUGAGUCCGGAAUCAGCGAUGGGAGCGAUGUUGUAAAAGACGCCAAUUCCACGCAAACGCGUGUUAUACAGACCGGAAAAUUCGCAGCCUGAUGAAAAGUCAGUUAUCUCUCAUUUACAUUUGCUGACGGAAAACAUUUUUUCGCAGAAACGCGACUGCCUUCUGUCGAAUUGCGAAAUUUCAUCCGAUGACUAUUUAAAAAUUUUUUAAUGUAGAAAUAAAUUAACUGCGCGACGAAGUUAAUAAAAGAAUUGUUGAGUCGAUCAUACUUUUUUUUCAGGCGCUUUUCUAUUAGCUACUAACUGCUCUUUCAUAAGUUAACGUAAAAAUUUAUAAUCGACGUGUUAUCUGUGGAAGCUGCGCAACAAGAAAAAUCCACUUUCCAAAUCAAUCGCGAGAGAAUAUAUGUUUGGUCAGGACGAGCGGCAUAACGAAUAUUGGAACACAUGCGAUUCGUGUUCUGCAUAGGUCGCUUUAUAUCGAGUAAAUUUAUUCAGAUAAGCGUGAUAAUAUAUACAGUAACGUAAAUGGGUAUACGCUUGUGUAUGUAGAAUAUAUGAAUCGUCGUUAGUUGAUAAAUAUAUGUAUUAUUGUAUAUUUCGAUGUCGAGAUAAAAUGUUAGAAUCUUCGAUCCAUAUCGCUAUUACAUAUUAGUUCAAUAUUGGACUCGUAUUUGAUUGCGCCGUUAAUAGAUUUGGAGAUAACUGUUCUGAUUAAUUAAUUAUCUGUGUCAAUCGAAUUUUUUGGUUCUGCCAGCUCUAAAGAGUUAUUCGGAUGCUUUCAGAUAGUAUUCCUCUAGCGUAGCCUGCGUCUCGCUCAGAUUUUCUAUUUUUACAGCAAUUACAAGUUACUUACACAACAUUUUUUUGUUCGUUUAUUCUAUUUAUUGUUUGGUUAUCAACCGCUCAUCGCUUUCAUUCAGUUUUGUUGCACACCAGGUAAGUGCAUUUCAUAAUUUAUUUCUUUUCUUUUCACAAUGAUUCGUUCAAUACAUUCACGUUACCAACAUUUUCUAAAUUAUAUGCAUUUAAACUUAUUACUGAAUAAAUUUUUUUCAUAUUGUAGAAUACUAUAAUGUUAAAGGAAAAUUUAAUGUGAAAGUGUUGAAUUUAAUGUUUAAAUUAAAAGAAUGUGUUAAAUAUAUCUUUUAUUUAAGUUAACUUUUAGUUGCAGUUACUACAGGAACAUCUCUAGAUUAUGUAUGUUUACUUUUUUUUUUCUUAAUCACUUAACUUUCUUAGCAUUCUUUGAUUUUAGCAUAACAUUACAAUUUUAUUUAUUAAGCACAAUAUAAAUAUUUUUAUUCAUUAUUAUGAUAUUUUCAUCUUUUAUCUUGCCUUUUAAAACAUUUACCAAACUUUAUCAAUACAAAUAGAAUUUUCAAAAGAUGUUUUAUUUAUAUUCUUUUUUUAAUUCUUGAGUACAAAGACUUUUGUAGAGAUAAAGUGGUAAAGUUUGUUUGAAUAUUUUAGAAAAUUAUAAAGUUCUUUGACGAAUUGUUGUACUGCGAAAUUUGUUACUUUCAAUUAAGGAGAUUUCCUCGAUUGAAUAUUAAUUAUAAAAAGCGUCAGUGUUUCUUAGCGAAAAUCGGUGACAUGUAAGAAUAUAAUGGCGUUACAUAUAACGAAUCUUUACAAUUUCUUAUGGAUAUUAUUGAAUAAUGCAACGUAGUCAACAUUAAAAUAAUAGGUCUGGAAAAUUGAAGAAACGUUCUUCGAAUGUAUAAACGCGGCUGUUAAUUGAUAGUAAUCAUCGAGUGUUAAAUCAGUCAAUGGCUGUGAUGUAAUCUACGUUCGACUAAAUCGUCGUUAUUAACUUUACUUUGAAGGCUACGGCUACAAUUGCAAUUCGAAAAUUAUUGCAUUCAUACUUCAACUCGAAGCUAUCGUAAAGUAAUCUCUUUCUUAAAUUUAAAAGAUAAAAUACGCAAUCUUAAACGUUUAUAGAAUUUAAGAGUUUCUGUGUUGGUUUUUAUAAAAACAAGUAAAGGCGAGCUCGAGCAGAACAACGAGUCACAAUAAAGUCAAUAUGAUAUCAAAGUGAAUCGUGAUUGAUCGAAAAGUAACUUUUAAUGAUCAUUUUGCGGUCACUUUGACAUCAUUUUGACUCUCUGUUCCGCUUGGGAAAUAAUAUCGUUUUAGAAUAAUAAUUAAAGAGGCACAAAUUUUGCAGGAAUUAUACGAAAGUAAAAAAUUAUGAAGAAAUAUUAUUAUCUAUUUCUCAUAAAAUCUUAAAAUUGCUUGGUUGAUAUAACGAUUGGUUAAAUGGUUGAGUAACAGAAAUAACAAAUACUUGAUUACAAAUAAUUUUUUGGCCAUUUUAACAUGAGUUUUCAAUGUACGAAGAAAUAAUUUAUUUUUGGGACAGCGCACUGUACAGUAUCGUUAACAUUAAGAAGUACGAUGGUGCACGUGGUAGGGACCAUCGUGAUCCUUUAUCGAGACAAAACGUCCACUAAUAUCCAUAAUUAUGUGCUCUGUGUCGUCGCAAACCUGUGUAUUAAUCGCGUAGCUCGUCUAUCGCGAGUGUGAUCUCGUCAAGGACUGUGAUACAAUCGUAGUCUGCAGGAAUGAAGUACAACGAACGAUAACGAAUAGUUAAUGAUCAGUACAAUAGGCCAGCUACUGCAAAAAAGAAACCAAAGUCGUCUGGCGCUUUGUAAAAUUGCUUCCGUGUCAUUCGUAGUGUAAUAAAAUCUUUAAUCGAGAACAAUCGUUAUCGACAAUCAUGUUACGAUCGCUAUAAUUAUAAUUGCAAUGAAAUUAUACAAUAGGUGUUACAAUCGAAAAUUACUGCUUUCAAACAGGAAGUUUGGAAUUCGAAAUUUACAAAUGCUCCAAUAAGUUCUUUUUUACAGUUUUCUUUUAAUUUUUUUCAUUUUAUUAAAUAUAAAAAAUGUAAAAUUGUAUUAUUUAAAAAACGAACAAAAUUUAAUUUAAUAAUUAAGAUUUGUCGUAAAUUUAAUUGAUUGAAGAUUAUUGGUUAUAAUUAUAACAUAAAUUUAAAAUUGAAUUAAAUUUGUGCAAUUGUCUUAUUGUUUCAUUAUAAUUGAGCAGUGAAACGAAUGUCUUCAGCUGAUUAUUCGAUUAUCUACUUGCCAAUUAUAUCAAAAAUUUUCUUGUCUAUAUUAAUGUCAAUGUCUCUUUGUAUAAAAGAUCUAUCCUUGUACAAAGUAAUAAGCAGAAAAUCGGAGAUGUUCGAAUUAUUUAAUUUGCAAGAAAACAGCAGCAUAACACACAUAAUUAACAAGAGAAAAAAAUAUAAACUGCAUUUAAGUUUUAGAUAAAUUACAUCAAUUCAAGGUCAUAUAAAUUUCUAUGUUUAAUCAAUCAUUACAUGGUAGUUUAAUAACGUUUUUGCAUUGGCAAAUGGAAAUUCGCGUAAUCCGAUUUUCUGCAAUUUUCUCUACCACAAUAUCAAGUAUAGCUAUACAAUUUCACGAAAAAUCUCAUAAGUCAUGAUUCUUUCGGAAUGAAAUAGACCAUGUUUCCACUUAAAAUGUAUAGAUAACGCGAAAUAAAUUGCGAGAGAAACAGACUGAUAAAUCAUACAUAUGUAUUACUUGUGUUUCAUGAUGUAACUAUGUUUGACGUUCAAGCGUUUUUGAUCAUUAGAUAUUAAUAAAACGAAAGUCAACAAA